GUGGACGAUCAGCCCAGCCUUCCGCAUCGCAAUGUCUAAGCAGGAGAUGGACUGGAUGGUAGAAAAAAUGACCCGCAGCGUGGGCUUCCUGAUUAUGGAGGUCAUCAUGCCUGCGCUGUGGGUCUGCCAAAAGAUGGAGACAGCUUUCUUAGGCGCACACGGAGUUGUGUGGCUAAAUAACAACCUGCCACGAAUGCCAAUGUCACUUCCCCUCGACAAUGGGAUGAAAAUGGACGCAGUCAGGUGUUCGAAUAAUAUUGCAGAGGAACUGCUGAAGGUCAUCCUGCCUGGGUAUGAGGCAUGGGUGAGUAGGGCUUUCUUGCUCUCUGGCUGUGAGGACAUGGUGGAGCUCCACAGCCAGAGCAGGGCCAACCCAGAGACCCAGAGGCCCCUUAAAUGUCUUAUAAUACAGGCAGCAAAGAUGCUGUGGCUGCACAGGAGGAGGAUGUAUGAAGGGGAGGAUGACAUCUGGGAUCUACUCCGAUUCAAAGACUUCAAGGCCACCGUCCUGGGCCACUUCAUGAAGGAGGCCAUCUGGAUGCUAAUGGAUCUGACUGUUGAUUUGCUGCCCAAGGGCAAGAGAUCAGCGGCUGCUGACAGGCUGUCCUACCCCAAGGUGCUGUGGAAUAUUUGUGUUGCAAUAUGGUUUGUGAUUUAUUUAUUAUUCUGAUUGGUCUCCAGAUGUCUAAGCAGGAGAUGGACUGGAUGGUAGAAAAAAUGACCCGCAGCGUGGGCUUCCUGAUUAUGGAGGUCAUCAUGCCUGCGCUGUGGGUCUGUCAAAAGAUGGAGACCACUUUCUUAGGCGCACACGGAGUUGUGUGGCUAAAUAACAACCUGCCACGAAUGCCAAUGUCACUUCUCCUCGACAAUGGGAUGAAAAUGGACGCAGUCAGAUGUUCCAAUAAUAUUGCCGAGGAACUGCU